AUGUACGUCUGUCCAAGCGUCACAAAGAGGGCCCCGCGGCCCCGACACGAAAUCUUGUCUGAGAUUCGUGGUCAACUGGAAGCAUGCCACCGACAAGAUAUCUUUGUUGUAGACGCCCGAAACAAAGUCCGACCCUGUCUGCUCCGCACUAAUGUCUGCUCUGACGAUUGUCACGUAAAGGUGGAGGAUAUGACGUUAAGAGAUUUGGAGGGUUGUUGCAAUAGGACCGUGCCGAUAUAUAUUGUGCAUCGCACCAAGCACUAUUCACUACUCCACUGUGCUUUGCACAACUGGCUACACAACAAAUGGUAUCGACCAUACCUGAAUGAUAUUGAGUACCACCAGUUUAUUGCGAAGCAAUUUUACCAAUGCAGACCUUCUCCCGAUAUGUCUGCAGUAUCACUGGUCACGCUUAUAAACGACCUGGAUGGGAGAAUCUGCGACCAAGUAGCGACAUAUCAUCGAGAGGUCUUGACCCUUCCCUCACAACCCGCCACAUUUGGGGAGGACGACUUUGAUAUUCGUGUAACAGAUGUGGGGAAGUUACCAGUUCUCAUUACCCUCACAGGUGAAGACAGCGGGCUAAGCCAACAGCUGAACUUCAUAUCCAUCAGUCAACACGUUACAAAGUUCAUAUCGGAUACAGCAGUUCAGGUGCCUCUGCAUAUAGCCAUUGACUUUGUCAUUGCCCAGAAUCAACGGGAAAUUGCAGUCUUUGGUACCCAGCCCGACCCCGUGAAAUCAACGCUGGGGUUUCGAAGCACCCUAAACGUGGGCCUUGAGGCCUUGCCUGCUGUUGUGAGGUCUCUUGGUGGAGGAGACGAACCGAUUGAGAUGCCGAGCUCAACUUGGGUUGAUACCGCGAUUCAUACUGGUUGGCCUAGAGUCAACGCCUUAGAUGAUGAGAAGUGGUAUCGGCGGGAAGAGACAAACGAGCGAUUGAGGUUGCUUCGACGAGUCGCUGGUGAAAGCCCUAGCUAUGUCAAGACGUUUGAUCGCCGAAAAAGCAUUUAA